UCUCCCUCCCUAUAAAAACAGCUAGCCGAGACCCAGUUCUAGAAUUUCUGAUUUACAGCAGCAAAACCUCGAAAGAAACCCACCAUAUAUAGUUGCCCCAAGAGAUCUAUUCAAUGGCUGCAGAAUCCAGCAGCGUCAGUGGCGAAGCCUACCCCAUCAAAACCAUCGUUGUUUUAGUCCAAGAAAACCGCUCCUUCGAUCACAUGUUGGGAUGGAUGAAGUCCCUCAACCCUGAAAUAAACGGCGUAGACGGAAAAGAUCAGUCUAACUCCAUUUCAACAACCGAUCCUGCUAACUCCGAGGUAAUCUACUACGGUGAUAAAUCCGGGUACGUGGUGCCGGACCCCGGCCACUCGUUCCAAGCCAUCUACGAGCAAGUGUUCGGCGAGCCCUGGACGGAGGAAUCCGCCGCGAAAAACCUGGCUCCGGAAAUGAAAGGGUUCGCACAAAACGCCGAGAGAACGGAGAAGGGACUGUCGGAGACGGUCAUGAACGGGUACUUACCGGACAAGGUGCCGGUUUUCAAGGAGUUGGCGGCGGAGUUCGCGGUGUGCGACAGGUGGUUCGCGUCGAUUCCGGCAUCGACGCAGCCCAACCGACAGUACGUGCAUUCGGCAACGUCGCACGGGCUGACUGGCAAUGACACAAAGCUGCUGAUUGCAGGGAUGCCUCAGAAGACCAUCUUUGAAUCGGUGCAUGAAGCUGAUCUUACUUUUGGGAUCUAUUAUCAGUACCCUCCGGCCACCCUUUACUACAGGAAUCUUAGAAAACUGAAAUACUUGGCACACUUCCAUGACUUUGAUCUACACUUCAAGAAGCACUGCGAGGAGGGGAAAUUGCCAAACUAUGUUGUGAUCGAACAAAGAUGGUUCGACCUUUUAUCCAUACCUGCAAAUGAUGACCACCCUUCUCAUGAUGUCUCAGUAGGUCAGAAAUUCAUCAAGGAAGUGUAUGAAACCUUACGAGCAAGCCCACAGUGGAAUGAAAUCUUGUUCGUGAUUACAUAUGAUGAGCAUGGUGGUUUUUACGACCAUGUUCCGACGCCUAUGACCGGAGUCCCUAGCCCUGAUGACAUCGUUGGCCCGGCACCAUAUAACUUCAAAUUCGACCGCCUUGGUGUUAGGGUUCCGACCCUCUUGAUUUCUCCAUGGAUUGAGCGUGGUACAGUGUUGCAUGGGCCAUCAGGGCCAUAUCCCACGUCAGAGUUCGAGCAUUCCUCGAUUGCAGCAACUGUCAAAAAGAUUUUCAACCUCAAAGAAUUCCUAACAAAGCGCGAUGAAUGGGCGGGCACUUUUGAUGUUGUUUUGAGUAAAGAUAGCCCAAGAACAGAUUGUCCAGUUAGUUUGGGGGAACCUGUGGAGAUGCGAGAGGAUGGAGCAAAAGAAGAUGCAAAACUGAGCGAGUUUCAAGAGGAGAUGGUACAAUUGGCUGCAGUAUUGAAUGGGGACCAUAGAAAGGACAUCUAUCCCGACAAACUGGUGGAAAAUAUGACUGUUGCAGAGGCUGCUAAAUAUGCUCAAGAUGGAUUCAAGAAAUUCUUGAACGAGUGUGAGAAAGCCAGGGCAAGUGGAGUAGACGAGGAGGAGAUUGUUGAAUGCACCACAUCCCCCGGCCCAUUAUCAUCAUCAUCACCACCACCACCCAACAAAUCCUUUGUGCACAAGAUCUUUUCUUGUUUGAUCUGUAGUGAUUGAAAAACUUCCAUCAGUACCCAACAAAACCCUUUGGUGCAGUAUUCUGAAUUAUUCAAUUCGUUUGGAUUCAUAGAUUUAUUUGUUCAAUAAUAAUGUACAGACACUGCCUUGCACAUGCAGUACUAUUCUUGUUGUAUGAUUUGAUCAUGUCAUUAUUGUAUGUUUCUCGUUAUAUUAAUGCCAAAUUAUUGAAGAAGUUU